GUUUGUUAUAUAGAUUGCAGUUGAGUAGUGCUGCAGUGUUAUGCAAUCACAACAACCUCGUGUUCGCGUGCUGGCGGACUGACAGUCCACCUGACUGCUCAUGCUGACCUGCGCGCGAGGAAAGAGAGCGUAUAUCUGUUUUCAUCCCUAACAUGAAGUACAUUUUGGUCACCGGUGGAGUUAUAUCAGGAAUCGGGAAAGGCAUUAUUGCUAGCAGUGUGGGAGCAAUCCUCAAAUCCUGUGGCCUCCACGUCACCGCCAUCAAGAUCGAUCCCUACAUUAACAUUGAUGCAGGCACAUUUUCUCCCUACGAGCACGGUGAAGUGUUUGUGCUGGAUGAUGGGGGUGAAGUUGAUCUAGAUUUAGGAAACUAUGAACGCUUUCUGGAUAUCCGGCUAACCAAAGACAACAACUUGACUACCGGGAAGAUUUAUCAGUCAGUUAUAACAAAAGAGAGGAGAGGAGAUUAUCUUGGCAAAACUGUGCAAGUGGUACCACACAUCACCGAUGCUAUUCAGGAAUGGGUUAUGUGGCAAGCCAAAGUGUCAGUGGAUGAUGACGGGGUCGAGCCACAAGUCUGUGUAAUAGAGUUGGGAGGUACCGUGGGAGACAUUGAAAGCAUGCCUUUCAUAGAAGCCUUCAGGCAGUUCCAGUUUAAGGUGAAACGAGAGAACUUCUGCAACAUUCAUGUCAGUCUGGUUCCUCAGCCCAGUACUACAGGAGAGCAGAAGACUAAGCCUACACAAAACAGUGUGCGAGAGCUCCGUGGUUUGGGCCUUUCACCUGACCUGAUCGUUUGCCGGUGUGCUACCCCUCUGGACACUGCAGUGAAAGAGAAGAUCUCAAUGUUCUGUCAUGUAGAGCCAGAGCAGGUCAUCUGUAUACAUGAUGUGUUUUCAGUCUACAGAGUUCCACUGCUCAUGGAGAAUCAGGGAAUGGUGGGGUUUUUUUGCAAUCGCCUAAAUCUCCCCAUUGAGACAAAACCCCACAGGAUGCUCACCAAGUGGAAAGAAAUGUCAGAUAGAACUGACCGCCUUUUGGAAAGCACAUCGAUUGCGUUAGUCGGAAAGUACACCAAAUUUGCAGACUCCUAUGCAUCAGUGAUUAAAGCACUGGAACAUUCUGCCCUUGCAAUCAACUACAAGCUUGAGGUGAAAUACAUAGACUCUGCAUAUCUGGAGCAGAGCACAGAGCAGGAUGACCCAGUGAAGUAUCACGAAGCCUGGCAGAAGCUCUGCAGUGCUGAUGGUGUUUUGGUGCCAGGAGGCUUUGGUGUCCGAGGCACUGAGGGAAAGAUUAAUGCUAUUAACUGGGCAAGGAACAAAAAGCCCUUUUUAGGUGUUUGUCUGGGCAUGCAGCUUGCUGUGUGCGAAUUUGCUCGCAAUGUGCUAGGCUGGAAAGAUGCCAACUCAACUGAAUUUGAUCCUGACACAACGCACCCUGUAGUGAUUGAAAUGCCAGAACAUAAUCCUGGACAAAUGGGUGGCACUAUGAGGUUGGGGAAAAGGCGAACCAUCUUCAAAAGCACCUCAAGUAUUCUCAGGAAAUUGUAUGGAGAUGCUGAGUAUGUCGAUGAACGUCACAGACAUCGUUUUGAGGUGAACCCGGAGCUAAAGCACUGCUUGGAAGAAAAAGGCCUCCGCUUUGUUGGCCAGGAUCAGGAGGGCGAGCGCAUGGAAAUUAUUGAAAUAGAAGAUCAUGCUUACUUUGUAGGGGUGCAGUUCCAUCCAGAGUUCACCUCUCGCCCCUUUAAGCCUUCACCUCCCUACUUUGGCCUGCUUUUAGCAGCUGCAGGAAAACUACAGAGCUAUCUGCUCAAAGGGUGCAGACUUUCACCACGGGACGUAUACAGUGACCACAGUGGCAGUAGUUCUCCAGAUUUGGAGCUCUCUGAACUCAAAUUCCCACCAAGUACAUAGGGAUCUACUUACACACAAUGGACAUGGACAAAGGAAAUUUAAAAGCAUCAUAGCUUAUUAUACUUUAUUACUUUUACAGACUGUACUUUUGAUCAUUUUGUAUGAGAGCAGAAGAGACCUAUUGACUUUGAAACACAAGGUGUUAAUGCUUAGAGCCAUCAGUGCAGCAGAACACAGAAUUAAUAAACUCCUACAUAUUUAAAUGUCUAUUUUAAUGUUUAGGGGUUAUAAUAGGGGGUUGAAAUAUUUAUACAUGUAUAAGAAUAUAUAUAUUUGCAUAUGUGAAAAGAUAUCCUAGUCACUUGUGGAUAUUACACAGUACAUCUUUAAAUAAACAAUACAAACGGUUCUCUUAACCCCAUUCACAGCUUUAUAAUUCUGUGCUGAUUUUGAAAUACUAGUAAAUGCACAAGGAAAAUGUACCUGCAGACAUACAGUGUCUCUAUGAGGUAUAAAGGUACUGAUAUUUAUUAUGGAUUAAACUUUUAUUUUUAAUAUGUAAUAUUCUGAAACAUACAGCAAUGUAGCAGAUCCUGUGUUGGUCGCAAAACUAUUUUUCAUAUCUUGAAAAUUGUCACUUAUUUAUUUAAUUUGGUGUUCUUUAAACUCUCCAUGUAUUGCUGCGGUGUUAAUAAACCUCUGAAAUGCA